AUGACUCGUGGUGUAGUCCUGUUUGCUUUUUCUUUGCUCUACAUAAUAGAAGUACAAGGGCUCCAACAUGUGUUUGCGCUGCAUGGAAAGGACUUACACUUGGAUGUAAAGGAACCAUUUAAACUUGUAAAACAGACAGAUUUUUUUUCCUGGAAAUUUAAUUCCAAUGCAAAUAUUGUAAAACAUGUUUUAAAUAGUGAACCAGACGUGUCUGACAAUUAUAAAGGAAGGGUUGAGUCGUUUGGACCAAGUUACUCUUUGCUAUUAAAGAAUGUACAACACAGUGACAGUGGAGAUUAUACUGCAGUUGUGUCUGUGCAAAGCGACAAAAAGGUUGCUGAAUACAAGGUCAUAGUCCAAGAUCCAGUGACUCCUGCUGAGCUGACAGUGCACCUUGUGUCCAACAACUCAGACUCCUGUAACCUGACUGUAACCUGCAGCACAGUGGACUUUAACAUUAGCAGUAGUUUUAGCAACCAAGUGAGCUGGAAUCAGACCAUGAAGGUGCUCAAAUCUUACUGUGACAUAAAGACAGAUUCCAGUGGAGCCACCAUAAUUGCGGCUUCAUCUUCUGUUCUCUUCAUUUUGAUUCUCUCCAUUACACUUUGUGUCAUCAUGAAAUGUAAAGGUAGAAGAAGGAACCAGGAAAAUACUAUAUAUGCGGUUCCUGAGGAGGUCACUCAAGGCCAGACUCAAAGUCAGACUCCCUCAGGACAUGAAUCAUGUAAUUCUCCAACAUCUACUUAUGCUUUGGUGGAGUUUCAUACUGGACAAAAAUUGACUAAGAUUGAAAACAUCCCCCAGCCAGAGACGGUGUAUGCUCAGGUUGACAGAGCUGCAAAGCCCAAUUCUACAGUCCAACAACAAACACCCAGACCUGAAGAAAAUCAAUAACUGUAUUUAUAAUGAUGUACCAUAUGUGCAAAGUGUGGGUGUUCAUUUUACUGUGACCGAGAGAGGAACAUUUUAAUCAAAAGGCAUAUGUCUGUUCAAUCACAUGUAGCUCAGUUUAGAUAUGAGAGGCUGGUUGGUGAGUGAUAUUGUGGACUAACUUAAAGAUAGCUCAAUUUUUUAAAUCUUAAUUUGAAUUCACAGAGCUAGUUAGCCCAAUUUUGUUGAAUCAUGAACUCUGACCUUUAAAGAGACAUGUGAAGCUUGGAGUUCUUUAAUUUUGUUCUAGGUUCUUUUGUGACAUCUUUACUCCUGCUGCCUGGUCAGUGUGCUCUGACAGUAAUAUUGGUCGGCUGGUCACUCCUGGGAAGAUUCAGCACUGCUCCAAGUUUUCUCCAUUUGUGUAUA